CGAAUCGAAUAAUCGAAUAUCGAAUUGCGCGCUACAGCGUCAUCUACGACUACGAUGAAAUUUGGAGCUGACGUGACGGUUCGUUUUGACGAGGUUAUGUUGGGUUGUAAGAGACAUGAGAUUUGAUUAGGUUCAUAAGAAAUGAAACAUGAGCUCACCAGUCUCAAAAUGUACGAGUUCUAGUCCAUUAGUGGCACCACCUGCACCUAAGUGUCGAAGAUCUCUAAGAUCCGAAGGCAUAGAAGAAAGCUGUUCCUUAAACAAUAAUUUUCAAAGUUUACAAAUGGAAGAAAAAACAUAUAAACGACGAACUACAUCCAAUCAAUCUGAAGCUAAAGAUCAAAGUUAUGACAAACAAAUGACAGAAAGUUCUAGUGAAGAGAAUGAAGAGACAGCUUAUUUGCAAAAUCAUUCUAGAACUACCUCUCCAUAUUCUACACAAAAUCGUUCUAGAACUACCUCUCCAUAUUCUACACAAAAUCGUUCUAGAACUACCUCUCCAUAUUCUACACAAAAUCGUUCUAGAACCACCUCUUCAUAUUCUACACAAAAUCGUUCUAGAUCUAACUCUCCACAUUAUCCACAAAAUCGCUUUUCUCCAGAAAGAAAGAAUGAUUUGACGAAAUGUAUAAACAAGAAUGAAUCAAACACAAGCAGCUGUUCUUAUAUCAUCAAGUUUUUUUUUUUUGUAAUAGUACCAGUAGCACUAAGUGCUUUAAUAUUAUUAAAUAAGAACAAUGUGCAAACACAGUCUAUAAGCAACCCUACUUUAUUGUUAGCUGAAUCGAUUAAAAACAUAAAGACAACAUUUUACAAUCAAGAAUUGGAUAUUUGGAAUGAUAUUUCAUCAGCGAUAAACGAAGUAAUAUCAAGCAUUCCCAAGACACCUUCAAUUAUUCUGUUAUUUGCAAAGGAAACAGCCACAAUGGAUUGUUUAGCUACUAAACUGGCACAAGCGAGCAGUACCAUUUUGCAUGCAGACAGUUAUCUAGUAUUUAAUCCAGAAGAUUUUGGAAAUGAUGCUGGUGAAAUCAUUACGACGUUAAACAAUCAUUCUUUAGAAAGAAAAAAAGUUGUGAUGAUUCGUGAUAUAUUGAAUAUUAAUGCAGAAGCAAUAAAAGCAUUACAUAAUUUAUGCGAUAGAGUAAAUCCCUUAGUAGCAGAAGCUAUUUACAUUCUUACUAUGCAAACUAAUAAUUAUCAAUCAUCACAGAAAAAACUAAAGUUUGUGGAAAAUCAGAUUUCUAAUAAAUUGUCAAAAAGCAUCGAUCAGGAUGUUUUACUGGCACUUGUAACGCGAAUUACAGAUGGGGCAAUUAUAUCGGUACAACCUGAACCAGAAUUAAGAUACUGCUAAUCUAAGUUGUAAGAAAAUAAGCGUAAUUAUAAUAGCAUAUUAAUGACAAUUAUAUAAAUAACAAAAUUAGGCAACUGUUCUUUAUUCUAUAAAUAACAAAAUUGUUUAAUUAAAAUUAACAGUCUGUGUGCAAUUUGCCUUACAUACAAGACUCGUUAAUAUUCUAGAAAAGUAAAUUCUGAUUUGCACUCCUAUACCAUUUAUGCUGAUAUUUUGCCAGCUGAACGGAUUUUUUCAGCUGAUCAGAGAUCGAGGAAUGCGAAACUACAUAAUCAUUUUUACAUCAUUUUGUGUUGGUUCUAACUACCGACUGUUUAUUGUAAAAUUUUGCGGUAAUAUUCGUGAUAGAUUUAAAUAUAGUAUUGAAAUACAAUUAAAUAAGCUAUGAUCUUAUUCGAGCUAAGAACUAGUAUUACCACUGCGUAAACAACAAAAUAAAACGGCUGCUUGCAUUCUAUUUAAUUCCAA